AGAGAAAAAGAAAGAAAGGAAAGGGAGAAGGAAAGAAAAGGGGGAAAUGAAAGAAAGAAGGAAAGAAAAAUAGAAGGGAAAGAGAGAGCGGGAGCGAGCAAGUUCUCCGUCUUUCUAUGCUGGGAGUCGGGAGUCCUUGACCCGCCCCAGACUUUCCUUGUAACCUGGGCUGAGCGCCAAGACUCUUUCCCAAUUCCCCCCCCCCCCAAGACCCCCAAGUCCUCCCCAUCGGAGCCACAAGGAAGGGCCUGACUUUUCCGGCUCCGAUCCGGCGCCCGUUCCCCGAGGAGGAGGGACAGGAUGUCGAAGGUCUCGGCCGCGGCUUCGGCUUCGUCCUCCUCAGGCUCCGGCAGCAGCGGGGCCUCGGGAGGAGGCGAGGCGGGCCUCGGAGGCGGCGUCGGGAGUCUCCCUGCGCCGGGCUCCGGGGCGGCGGCGGCGGCGGCGGCGGAGGACCUGUCGAAGGUCUCGGACGAGGAGCUCCUCCAGUGGAGCAAGGAGGAGCUGGUCCGGAGCCUGAGAAGGGCCGAGGCCGAGAAGAUGGGCGCCAUGCUGGACCACAGCAACCUCAUCCGAGAGGUCAACCGGCGCCUCCAGCUCCACCUGGGAGAGAUCCGAGGCCUCAAGGACAUCAACCAGAAACUUCAGGAAGACAACCAGGAGCUGCGAGACCUUUGCUGCUUCUUAGAUGAUGAUCGGCAGAAAGGCAAAAAAGUCUCCCGGGAAUGGCAGAGGCUUGGCCGGUACAGUGCCGGUGUCAUGCACAAAGAGGUUGCCUUAUAUUUGCAGAAGCUGAAGGAGCUGGAAGUGAGGCAGGAAGAGGUGGUGAAGGAGAACUUGGAACUGAAAGAGCUUUGUGUCUUGCUGGAUGAUGAGAAAGGUGGUGUUGCUGGCUGCCGGAACUCGAUCGAUAGCCAAGCCAGCCUUUGCCAGUUAAAUGCCACCAGCGCCUUCAUAAGAGAUGUUGGAGAUGGAAGUAGCACCUCUAGCACUGGAAGCACAGACAGCCCCGACCAUCACAAGCACCAUCCAAGCUCGAGUCCUGAGCAUCUCCAGAAAACAAGGAGUGAGGGGAGCCCUGAGCAUCAAAAGCACAGGAGUGCCAGUCCUGAGCACCUCCACAGACGUAGGAGUUCAGGAAGUCCUGAUCACCAGAAGCAUCUGAAAGGGCCAAGUCCAGAGCACCAUAAAACACAUGGCAAAGGCACCCCAGAGCAGCAGAAGCACAGCUGUAGCAGUCCAGAAACCUUGCCAAAGCACAUGCUGAGCAGUAGCCCAGAACAUUUUCAAAAACAUCGGCCUGGGAGCAGCCCAGAGCUCCAGAAACACAGUGGUAGUGGGAGUCCUGAGCUUCUUCAAAAACAUACCUUGAGUGGAAGUGCAGAGCAUCUCCCCAAAGUGAGAGGCACAAGCCCUGAGCACCUCAAACAGCACUAUGGGGGAAGUCCUGAGCAUCUGAAACACUUAGGCGGUGGCAGCAGAGAAGGCACCUUGAGGAGACAGGUGGCAGAUGAUCUGUCACCCCAUCACAGAGGCCUCUACAAUGGAAUGAAUGAAUCAACCUUGUCCUAUGUUAGGCAGCUGGAAGCAAGAGUAAGACAGCUGGAGGAGGAAAAUCGCAUGCUGCCCCAGGGUCCCAUUAGGAUUUCAUCAGGGGCAGAUGGGAGUGUCUACUCUCCAAGCCAUCCAGCUAGCAUCAAUGAACAGCCCUCCUCACCUUCUCAGCAGCCUGAAGCGGUGGUUAAUGCCCUCAAGGUUGUGUGGAGGAAACUUGGAGAUGCUGCAGGCUCGUGUCCUGGAAUUAGGCAGCACUUGUCUGGAAACCAGUACAAGGGGCCAAUGUGAUUGGAUACCAAAACAAGGAAGAGUUUUGACUAUGGACAGACUGAAUCCAUUCUCAGCAACCUCUUUGCUAACAAUAAGAUAAUUGCAAUCACUCUUUAGGUCACCUCUGGAAAAUUGUACAGUCUGUUAUUUUUCCUUCCUCCUUUUGCAAAGAGUUUGGUAUGGAGCAUCCAGACCUCCGGGCACUUGGUUUAUACCAAGUCAUCCCAACUCUGCUUCUGCAAUGAACAAUUUCAGCAUUUAUAACAAGCAGGAUCUAGCUCAUAACUUUAAAGCUUUUUGAAAAUCUAAUCAAGGAGGAAAACCCCAGAAGUGUGUGAGAGAAGAGGAAGAGGAACAGAAAAAGAGAGAACAUAUACUAUGGUGGACUUCCAGUGACAUUUUCCCAGGAGUUUUUCAAUGGACUGGAGAGAUGCCAAUGAACUGUGCCUUUGGUCUUCAUGGUUUGGAGGGAAUGGGUUUUCCUAGCCGCUGUACACUUGAGUGUAUAAAAUGUCAAUGGUGCUUAGGCAGACUGUGCAGCUGAAGCCUUUUUCAUUUCCAGUUUAUAGAGUUAUUGUAUUCUGGGGUGCUAAAAAGAGAGAGAGUGCUUCAAGCCUCCUACCAAUACUGUAGCAAAUAAAACUACAGCACUAAAAUAGAGAUGUAUCCUAACCCUCACCCCUGCCUAAAAAAAUAUCCCUUUAUUUUCAUUAACACCAGUGAGUACCAAACAAAGAGGUGCCAUUUCUAUUCCUCAUAGAAGGCAAAUACAACACUUGCAGCCCAAACGUGAGGAAGUCCUAUUCAUAGAGUAUCAGGGAGCCUGUGCUGCUGUUGUAGCUAGGAAGAUUUCCUAUUUCAGGGUCAAAAUAGAAGUUGAAGGGAAAUUUAUUCCCUACAGUUAACCCAUUUUAUCUCCCACAAUGGGAUUUCCUCAGAGAUAAAUCUCUCUGCAAUCAGAUCUACAAAUUAACCCAUUGUUUACCUUUCAAAGACCAAUACACAAUCAGAUAUAUUAAAUACAAGAUACGUACGUGAGAAAACAAACAUAUACUGACAAACAGACAUCAUUUGACAUUUGGCAUGUUCAUCUCUGAAAAAUAAACAUGCUAAGCAUAUGGUCAAGUUUGAUCCAUCAACCAGGCAUGGUACCUUCUCCCAGCAGGUGUCUGGACCCUGGCUUUCCAGUGAGAUUUGUUAUUUUGCCUAAUUCAUGGUCAAGUAUAUUCUUUCAUUCAGGUUGGAAGAGGCGGUAGAGAUUAAUUUGGUUUGAAUUUUAAUGUGAAUUUAUGUAAUUUUGCUUUUGUAUCAGUGUGCAAACCACACCACUUGUCAUCUUUCAAAUUCAACCUUCUAAAUUUUGCAGUGGUGUUCCCCAGUCAAAAAUACGUAUCAAAUGUGCAUAUACUGCACAAGUGAGUGUACAGAAAAUGCAUAUAUUAGAGAAAAGGCCAUUCAAAAAUGCAUUAUAUCAGUAAAAUUGCUUGGAAAGAAUGUUUAUAUUAGGCAACACUGCAUGCAAAAUGCGUGUAUUAAAACAAAAUUUAAUUUAAAAAAAACUUUCAAAAGUUUAGUACAAACCAAAUGUAAAAUUGGAAAUAACAUGAACAUCCACAAACCUUCUUUUACUUGGUGAAAUUGGGUGUAUUGACACAUGGGGAGCUUUUGCAGUUUCCCAUGAUUUUUUUUUUCAUUUUGGAAUUUUUUCACCUAAAAUGUUGCUUGUUUAAUUGUUUGGUUGGGGUUUAUUUUUAUUUUAUUUUUUUGCAAAAUAUGUUUUUCCAUAAAAAUAUUAUGUUUCUUCAAAACAGAGGUUUUUUACAGAGAUAAAUAUGGGCAGAAGUGAAAUUUUCUGAAUAAGUCCUGAAAUGCCCCCAUCAUUAAAAAUGCCAAAAUGUUCUUAAUGUCACUUAGAAAGUUUUGAUAAAAAAAAUUCAUACAUGCAAGAACAAAAUAAGAGAAGUUUUAAAUACCACCAAUAAAAUUAAAAUGGGUAGCGGAGAAGCAUUUCUGAGAAGGGCCAAAGCUGACUGAGUCCCAAUUUGGUUUCAGAAACCAAUAUUUUCUUCCUGAGGAGCAACCUGGAAUCUUCAGAUCCUCAGCUUUCCUGUUACUAACUCAAACUGAUCAAAACUUAUGGUUCCAGAUUUGAAGAACUCUAGUUCUUUGGUUCUCAUGGUGGUAGAUGAACAUGAAGACAGACAGACCGACAGAUGAUGGCUCCUGAACUGCUAGGGGGCAGGCAGGACAGCUUCAUCUUCUGAUAUGGAUUGGUUUUCACUGACAUCUCCGUGCUGCAACUGUGGUUUGUUAAAGGUCUUGGGCCAGUGAAAGCACCUCUCAUGCCAGUAUAACUCACCCAUAGGCAGGGACAUAGCCAAGUUG